CCGCCGUCCAGCAAGCACUACCUUCGUCUCUUCGCCAUCGUUCUAGCAGCCAGCACCGUCCCGACGACACAUCCAACCACAGUCGAACGCGUAGAACCUGCUUCCGGACGUGUUUUCCGCUUUGUCACGCGACUUCAACCCACGAAAUCGCUGGGAUCGCCUCCCCGGUCGAGGCCGCACAUUCAGCACACCCCACGCUGCAACCCGCGAUUCCUCACGCCAACCAUGGAUAUAAGUCGCGUCGGCACCGUCGUCCAGUCAUGGAUUCUGUAGCUACCUCUUGGUGACCCUUCAAGUUCACCUCCACUCAGAGGUUACUCUGCCGCGUCCCGCCUGACUUUCCCUCUCUCUAAUUUCGUGCCUCUUGAACCGCUUGGUCUACAGGCAGAGGUUAAGCCUGCUAGGUCACAAGCAGGCGGAUACCUAUACAUCUCCCGCGACCUACCGCAGAUCAUCUCGGGCCUUGUUCGUCACUCCUCUCCGACAUUCACACCUACGGAGCCGCACGCGGAUUCCUCACGCACCAAAGCCAUGUCCAUUCCUGACCCCAGCUCCAGCUAUGAUGAUUUUGAGGGAGUCCAUCCUGCGAUCAUACGGGCAUACGACGCUUGGGCCGAAAGUGUAGACAGUUUUGACGGCAGUGAUAUCUACGGCAUCGGUGUUGGCUCUUCAAGAGAAGUUUCCCCCGAGAGAACCUCCUUAGCGACAUCGCCGUCGCAGCGAAAGCUCUCAAUAUCAUGCAUUGCGCCAGCGCGACUAACCUCGCACAUUCCACCUACCAACUUCGGUGCAGUGAUGCCGGGCGAGAUAUUUCGAAGCCAGUUUCCGCUUCCCGAGAACUUCAGUUUCUUGAAAACACUGAAGCUGAAGACCAUUCUUACCUUGGUUCCGGAACCAUAUCCCCAGCCGUAUGUUCAAUUUCUGGACGAUGCAGGCAUAAAACAGAUUCGUGUGCACGUGCCCGCGAACAAGGAAGUCAUCAAGAUCGAGCCGGCCACAAUGGCGCAAGCCCUCGGUGCUGUUCUUGAUCGUUCGAACUAUCCGCUACUCAUACAUUGCAACAAGGGCAAGCAUCGAACCGGAUGCGUUGUUGCUUGCUUUAGAAAAGUCUUAGGUGCAGACUUGGACUCAAUUCUGCACGAAUAUCACACCUACGCCGGGAGGAAAGCACGAGUGCUUGAUCAGGACUUCAUCAGAAGUUUCGACGAACGUGCCCUGCUCUGGCUUGCUCGAGAAAAUGGCUAUCUGAGUGACGAUGAACCCAGAAGCGAAUCGCCAAGUGUGAUGAACAUGCAACUGCCUUCUCGGACGAGAGGCUAGAUUGCUAGAAGCUACAAAAACCAUUUUGACAGAUGGCGCAUUUGCAUUAGCGGCACAUGCUUGAAGGCAUUGUUUUUGGUUUGACGAUUCAUGAUACCCGCUUCAUUGAGGCAGGCAGAGAAAAUUGCAUUAUGAUUGCAUGGCAUAGCGUGGUGGCGGCUUCGCCUUUAAAAACGCUAUUGGGAUGCAACCCUGUACGAUUACACAUUCGUUGGAGCAACUUGCAAGAACUGACUUGCCUUGCGCCAAUGAUGCAAAGCCGGCUGUGAGACCGUCGUAGCCGCAUCUGUAUAAUUACAAGCCAGUGGCACCGAGCAGAAUGCAUUUCACUUCGUAAACAUGGAGAAUGUGUAGCGAACGAGUGAGGGGUUCUAGCCAGCAAGCUCCCACGACUCGGAGGUCUUUGACGUGGACUGUCCAGAGUUUUAAACUUGUAAGGGUCGCUCAGGAUCUGCGAGUCAUAGACAAACUCACACUGCUUGGGCCGCCAAGCAGUUCCUUGACGCUCC